AUGUCUCAUAAUGUUCGUGAAUCAAAUAUUCUUCUUUGUGGUUCAUCACGUGUUGGUAAAAGUACUCUUAUAAAUGCAAUAUGUCAACAAAAUCUUAUUAAAUCUAAUCAAAGUUUAAAUUCUAAUACAAAAACUAUUGAACAAUAUUCAUUUGAAAGUUCAUUUAAUAAUUCAAUACAUAAAACAAUAUUUUGGGAUACACCAGGAAUUGAAUCGUGGAAUGAAGAUGAUAUACAUAAUUAUAUGGAUUCAUUAAUUGAAAA